AUGGGAGAUGCCCAUGUAUUUAUGGGGGUGAUUCUCUUAGUCCAGACUGUGGUUGGAUUUGUGGGUGAUUUGUCUCUUCUUUCCCAUUAUCUAUUCCUUUCCUGCAUGGGGAACAGCAUCAGCCAGGGGGACUCCAAGUGGGCAGGGCUGAAGGGGAGACCCCACAAGCAAAUUGUCUCCACCGUCUACUUCAGCUGGGGGGUCUUCAUCCUGCUGAGCAUUGUUUUUCUCAUGUUCAUGAAAGAACCCAAAGCCCAAGACAACAUGAGGAGCUUAAAGGCCUAUGGAUACUUUCCUUCCAUGCAUCAGGACCCAGCUACUAAUGUGCUGUACGUGUCCAUGCUCUCGGUGCCUGAUGUUCUGUGUCUGGGACUCAUGCUCUGUGCCAGCACCUCGAUGCUCUUCAUCCUGUACAGACAUAAGCAGAGUAUGCGACACAUCCAGAGGAUCAGCGUCUCCACCAGAGGCUCUCUCAAGUCCAGAGCCACCAUAAUCAUCCUCUUCCUGAUGAGCACCUUUAUCUCUUUUUAUAUCAUGUCCUACAUCAGUCAGAAUUGCUUGUCUGUGAUUUACAACAAUAGCCCUGUGCUGCACCAUAUGGCAGCACGUGCUUUGGGCUGUUUCCCAGCCCUCAGGCCUUUCCUGCUCAUGAGUGGACACUCCAUUCCCUGCAGCCUCCUCUUCACCUGCACAAAGAAGAAAGUGUUCCUCCCCUGA